GUGGAACGCCGCAGAUUAGGGAGCAGCGUUCACAUCCACCAGGCAGAAGAUCAUCAUCAUCAUGGCGCCAGUGCUGGAUGCCAUCUGGGAAGACAGAGAUGUUAGAUUUGACGUAACAGCACAACAAAUGAAAAUGAGACCCGGCGAGGUGCUCAUCGACUGCUUGGAUCCCAUCGAAGACACCAAAGGAAACAACGGAGACCGGGGGAGGCUCAUGGUGACCAAUCUGAGGAUUGUAUGGUACUCCCUGGCUUUGCCCAGAGUCAAUCUGUCUGUGGGGUACAAUACAGUCAUAAACAUCACAACGAGGGCUGCUAAUUCAAAACUCAGAGGACAAACGGAAGCGCUUUACAUUCUGACCAAGAACAAUAACACCAGAUUUGAGUUCAUUUUCACCAGUGUGGUUCCUGGAAGUCCGAGGCUGUUCUCCUCUGUCAUGGCCGUCCACAGGGCUUAUGAAACUUCUAAAAUGUACCGUGACCUGAAGCUCCGAGGCGCAGUCAUUCAGAACAAGCAACUGAAGCUUUUACCCCAAGAGCAACUAUGUGAUAAAGUUAACGGAGUAUGGAAUUUAUCCAGUGACCAGUCUUUUCUCUGUAAGGGUAACCUGGGAACCUUCUUCAUCACUAAUGUGCGGAUCGUAUGGCAUGCCAACAUGAACGAGAGCUUCAAUGUCAGCAUUCCUUACUUGCAAAUCCGCUCCAUCAGGAUAAGAGACUCAAAAUUCGGACUUGCAUUAGUGAUCGAGAGUUCUCAGCAGACAGGAGGUUAUGUACUGGGCUUCAAGAUUGACCCCAUGGAUAAACUCCAAAGUACGGUGAAAGAGAUUAACUCACUGCACAAAGUGUACUCUGCAAACCCCAACUUUGGUGUGGACUAUGAGAUGGAGGAGAAACCGCAGCCGCUGGAGGAGCGGACUGUGGAGCAGCCUCCAGAUGACAUGGACAUUGAGCCCGAUGAGCAGACCGAUGUGUUCACAGUGAGUUGUAUGCAGUAUUAUCAGAGAAACAUCGCUGCAGUUCUUCCCCAAAGAAGCCUCUCUGUUUCACGUGUUUUACAUUUCCAGGGUCUGCAGCAUUAUAGCUCAAUGACUCAUGGUCAUAAAGUUUUGUGACUAAAUUGUAUACAGUGCAGGUCAGAUGGUUUGACUGUAUCUUUGUAGAAACAGUAUUUCUUCUUUACAAGUCACUCUGGAAAAAACUGUCAGCUAAGUGAAUAAAUGUUAGUGUAAAUGUAUGACAUUUUUAACAUGAUUUGUUUCGUAAACUUAUAUAAAGUGAAAUGCAUUGUGUUCUAUUUGAAACAUUAAUCACAAAAUCUGAAAGACACAACUGCAUUGUGUGCCUCCGUUGCCUUGAAGUGUAGCUCUUCAUCGUGCGCUCCUGAAACUCAUUUUACGCUUGUUUUCAUUGUUAAGGCAUACUUUGCAGAUGGCA